CGAGCAUGUUUUUGACCCAACUUUAGUCAACGGUCUUAUAAUACACAAAGUGUUGCUUGAAUUGGCUGAAAAACCAAAGCUGGUUUUCAAAGCUCUGGUUUUAUUUCAAAAACUUGUAACUGUGCCUUUGACGUAGCCUUCAUAUGCCACUUCUAUAAAUAGAGUUCGGCAUAACCAUUAACUCUCAAAAAAAAAGUUGAUUUCUAAGCUUCCCUUAAUAGUAUUCAGCCAUCUUCGGAAAUAAGGAAAUUAGGUGUUCCCAUUAAUGUCUCCAGCAAUUUCACUCACAUCAUCGACCAGAAUGAGUGACAGCCUAUCUGAAAUUCAAUAUCAGAAAGGUGUGAAGCAUCUUCAUGAGAAUGGAAUUGACAAGGUCCCAAACAAGUACAUAUUACCCAUUACAGAACGUCCAAGUACAGGAAAUGAAUCACAUUUUAAGGAAAACAUCAAACUUCCGGUUAUAGAUUUUGCUGAACUACAAGGCCCUACCCGGUCUCGAGUUCUCAAAGCCCUUACUAAGGCAUGUGAACAAUAUGGUUUCUUUCAGGUGGUUAAUCAUGGCAUUUCCACAGAUAUUAUCCAUAGGAUGACCGAGGUCUGCAAAAGAUUUUUCGAGCUCCCCUUCGACGAACGACUCAAGUACAUGUCCACAGACAUGAAAGCACCAGUUCGAUACGGAACUAGCUUUAGUCAGAAUAAAGAUGGAGUCUAUUGUUGGAGAGAUUUUUUGAAGCUUGUUUGUCAUCCCAUGCCGGAUCAUUUCCUUUCUCAGUGGCCCUCUUCACCAAAAGACCUGAGGACGCAGGCAGCAACGUACUCAAAGGAAACCAGAAACCUUUUUAUGAUGUUGAUGGAGGCCAUUCUAGAAAGCCUUGGACUUUGUACUUCAGAAUUGAAUUUCACUGAAGAAAAAGAGAUUCUGGAAGAAUUCCAGGAGGGGAGCCAGAUAGUCGUGGCAAAUUGUUACCCACCAUGUCCAGAACCUGAACUCACACUUGGGAUGCCACCACACUCAGACUAUGGCUUCCUCACCCUUCUUCUCCAGGAUGAGGUCAAGGGUUUGCAAAUACAGUUUGAAGAAAAAUGGUUGACAGUCGAGCCAAUACCAAAUGCUUUUGUCAUAAACAUUGGUGAUCAUCUAGAGAUAUUUAGCAACGGGAGGUAUAGGAGUGUGCUACACAGAGUUCUAGUGAAUCAAGAGAAAACAAGAGUAACUGUGGCUUCUUUGCACAGUCUUCCCUUUGACCGAGUUAUUCAGCCUUCGCCUAAACUCAUCAGCAAAAACAAUCCACGACGUUACCUGGACACAGAUUUUGCUACUUUUCUGGAAUAUAUUUCAUCAUGUGAGCCAAAGACGAAGGCUUUCCUAGAGUCAAGAAAACUAAAUUAAAAUGUACAUAUAUGCAAAUCAGCCACUCAGCCUAGGCACCUUUUAGAAACAGAAUAUUAUUCAUGUACAUGAAAAUCAUACAAUAUGCCAAACAGUUACUGUUUUUAUUUCAAAUAUCAAGGUAAGAUGUAUCUAAAACAGUCCAAGAAACAAAAAUUUAUGAGUCCAAGCAAAUUACUUUUUCUUUAGUCAGGCAAAAAUUUCACGAGCUUCUAGUUGCUAUCGACCUUCAACUGUUCCUAGUUUUUUCACUCAAAAUUCUAAAGUAAUUAAUGACAAGUGAAAAGUCUAAUAGAAUUAUAGAACUACAGCUCCCCAAGGAUAACAAUGAUUACUGCCGUAGAAGCUGGCAAACGCAUGGAUUCACUAACUUCAUAACACUGUGUCGUCAAAUGUAUCAGAGACAUAGAGUAUAUGUGAAUUUGCAAAACUAAGUCGUCAAACACUUCAUGUCUAUGAGUACUCAAGUAAGCACCCACAUUGUUUGGGUGAGCACCUCAUGAGUGGAGAUGGCAGAAGCCCCUAGUUUGCAGGGCGCUCAAGCUGGCACAAGAUGAAACUAAAUUCUCUUUGUCCUUUAAUUUUCAGCAUUAUAUUAGUUGUAACGAAAAUAUAAUCCAUCCAUUAACAUCCAAUCUAAGGGAAAACUAAGUUAAGUUUAAAAUACUUUCAGCUUGCCCAUAUAGAUGGCUUUGUUUCAGAAAAACUCGUCUUUUCUUAUAUCUUAAAACUCCUAAGAAGUUCCCUCUUGCUAUUUUCUUUUGUUAAUCCAUAUUGUUGGGAUUAAGGUUAUGGCAUUGUUGCAUUGUAGUAUGUUCUUCGUGAAUAUUGCUUGUUCUUAAUAAAGGAAACCAUUGUUAAUAAUUGAUCCGACAUAGUAUUUAU